AUGUGCGACAUUGAAAGUUCUAGUAAAAAAAAGUACGAAUUCAUCCCGAUCACGACCUGCCCGUUGCAAAUCGGCACCAGGCUCUUCUGGGACGAAUGCUCCGCGAAACUCUACUUCGUAGACCUUCCGAAGUACACCGUCUACAGAUACGAUCCGGCGUUGCCGAAAGCAAAGAGAUUAACGAAAGCCGAAAUAGGCGAGUUCUCCUCCAUUGAAACCCCAUUAUCCAGCUGGACGAGUGAAUUGGCCGGGUCGCCGACGAAAUUUAUAGCAGGGAUCGGCAGGAAAAUCGUCUUCGUCGAAUGGGAUGGAAAGGCUCCCGCCGUGCCCGACUUCGAGGUCAUCUGCGAAGUGGAUAAGGAGCCUGAUUUGUGCAAUAACCGGUUGAACGGGGCUAAGGUGGACCCGUGGGGCAGGCUGUGGGCCGGAACGAUGGGUCCAGAGGAGAACGGCAACGUCGUCCCGGGCAAAGGAUCGCUCUACUGCCUCAAAAAGGGCUGCAUAACCAAGAAGAAGUGCAACAUCGGGAUCUCGAACGGCCUGGCGUGGGACAUGAAAAAGAUGAAAAUGUACUUUUGCGACACCUUAAAACCGAAAGUGUUCCAGUACAAUUUGUCGAAGGACGGAAACAUAAGCAAAGAACAGGUUGUGUUCGAAUUUGACAAAAAUUACAGAUUGGCCGGAAAACCGGACGGUUUGACCAUCGACAGCAAAGGGAAUGUUUGGGUGUGCGCCAUAUUCGGAUCCGCUUUGGUUAAGAUCGAUCUUCUCAACGGGACUGUCGUUUUCGGGGGCCCCAAAUUCGAAGAUUUGUACGUUACUACGGCGCGAAUAGCCACUGAUGGAUGUCCUCCCGGUCCUCCUGCAGGUACUGUAUAUCGAGUAAAAGGCGCCGGAGUGACGGGACUCAAAGGAGACAAAUACAUACCGUAG